AUGCCGAGCAGCACACGCGACAACCGGCGUUUGACCGGUUACUCGGCUGACGCACAGCAGCAGCAGCAGCAGCAUUCACAACAAUAUCACCAACAGCAACAGCAACAGCAGCACCGGAACCAUAUUCACCCCCAGUCACUCUACGAUGAUGGCAUGGACGAUUACGAAGUAUAUCGUGAUGGAGACGACUACGACGACGUUGAGGACGAUUCUGAAGAGGAAGAGUCUGUAGGGUCCGUACUGAGUAUUCCAGACCCCAAUAUCGACUUUGAUCUUGUCUAUGCUUUACACACGUUUGCUGCCACGGUCGAAGGCCAGGCAUCGGUUGUCAAGGGCGACGCGUUAACGCUGUUGGAUGAUAGCAACUCGUACUGGUGGUUGAUUAAAGUCUUGAAAACGUCAGAAAUCGGGUAUAUCCCAGCAGAAAACAUAGAGACACCCUAUGAACGUUUGGCUCGGUUGAACUCGCAUCGAAACAUCGAGCUCACACAACGAGAUAUCCAAGAUGCCUUCCCUGCACCUCCGUCCACCAAAGCACCCAGCAACAAACGGGUCAAGAUGGCCAAAGGCGUCAAAUUCCAGGCUCAAGUAAUUUUCGGCGCAAGCGAUGAUGAAGACUUUGAAGAAGAGUACGAGGAGUGGCAAGAAACUAUCCGAUCGGAUAGCGAUACCGACGAUGAUACCACGGAUACAGAUGACGAUGACGACGAUGAUUACUAUGACGACGUAAAGCUCUAUACCUCAAAUGAAUACGGCCAGUCACCUGUGGACAAUUAUUCUCGAUCGCAGCAACAACAAGCAUCACCACAGCAACAACAAACACAGCCAGCUUCGGGUCUCCGCAACUUUGAUCUCGAGCCUUCUGAAACGAUCAAGUAUUCCCUUACACCUGCUAUUGCCCGCGGCAGCACAGAUCUGAACAGCUAUGCACAAUAUCGAGAUGAUGGCAGUGGUAGCAGUAGCAACAACAACAACAACAACAACAACAAACCGCUGAGCAAAGCGAGCAAGUUGGAAAGUUUAUUGGCAGCCGAUGAUAAUACCAGCAACAAUGUUGGUACGAGCAACAAUAACAAUGUGCAAGAGCAACGGCGCGGAUCGAAAGAUAAGAAAGAAAAAGGCGGAUUACGCAAACUGUUUUCGCGCGGCAAGGGUGACAAGGAUAAGAAACAACGCAAGGGCAGUUCGGACAAGCAAUCCAUCAACGAUAGUAUCGAAACCGCAUCCUUUAGCUCACAGUCAACGGCUCACUCGGACCGAGAACGUAUGAACAGUAUCGACUCAUCUAUGCAACAGCAACAACAUUACCAGCACCAUAAUUCGCACAAUCACCAGCAACAGCAACCACAACAACAACUCCAUCCGCAACAGCAGCAACAACAAACUUUACUGGAACCUCCUACUCAACCCACUAUGCUCAAGAUUUAUGCUGCCAACGUGCGCUUCGGUGCUGAAUACAAGAUUGCUCAAGCGUAUCCAUCGACCACCGCUGCUGAGCUGAUCCAGCAGGCCUUGAAUCACUUUGAUAUUGAAAAUCAUCAGCCACACAAUGCCGAUGCUCAUCUGGAUUUCUUCCUUACAGUCAAGGGCGUGGACGGUGAUGAAUUCACACUUGUACCUAUGGAUAAACCUUUGUCCAUCUAUCAUUCGUUGACUGGACACUUGAACGUACCCAUGCCAUCUUUGAAAAAGGCGCGUCGUAUCUCUGCUCUGAUGGGCGGUACCAACGAGAGCACACACAUUGGUGGACCCAAGGAGAAGCAAGACGAGUUUGACGAAGUACGAUUCUAUCUGCACACCAAGGCCAAGAGACUCGAGGACAGCCACAUGUCGAUCAAGGUUUCUUUAUUCGCGUCUGAAAUCGGAGGUCAGACCAGUAUGUUGAAGUUUGAUCAGGCUCGGGUGGAUAAACUCGUUACGAUACCGACUCAUGCAACGGUGGGUGAUGUCACUGCCCUUUUGCUCGACAAGUUCCAUAUCCUGAAUGGUAUUGUGGAUGGCCCUGACGUGGAUGGCAAGAUCAAAUCAUUGCGACUUCAAGGUGCUGCUACGGAAGGAGAUGUUGUCAAGUAUCGGUUGUCACUUAGCAAACAGAAUCACGAGUUUGUACUAGCGCCAAAUGCUCCCAUCAGAAGCGCUUUUGGUGAAAAUUUACCGCCUAUUCAUAACCGCCGCAAUAGCAGCAAUCCGGAUCGGUCAUCCAUUGCUUCGUUAUCCUCUGUCAUCACGCCUUCUCCUCAGCCCGACGAAACUUUCUUUAUCCUCAGACGGUCAGAUCGACCUCCGGAACGACCGCGCACGACUUCCUCCAAUCGACCCACUACUCCAAGCCAACAGCAGCAGCAGCAGCAGCAGCAACAACAACAACAGCAAGAGCAGCAACAGCAAAUGCUACAUCCACAUCUCCAACAGCAACAACAGCAACAGGCUCCUUCACGUCCAGUGCGACCUCCAAGACCUGUCCGCCAGGAUACCCCUAUGCCACGCGGUGGAGCAACACCAUCGCCAGCUCCUUCUGCUGAAAUCCCCACGAUGCAUCCGCUUUCUAUCUCACAAGAGCCGCAACAGCAGCAGCAGCAGCAGCAACAAUCACAACAAUUGUAUGAUGAGCCCGAGUCAGCCGUAGAUGUCCUAAUGAAGCUCGACCAAGCGCUUGAUAAUCUUGCCCAUACCCGUAAUAGUAACGAGCCUCUCACAGAGGCAAUCGUUGCCAGCCAGACUGAAGAAGAAGCUGCGGCGGCGGCGACCAUGUCUCGAUCGACCAGUCGACAAGAAGGAUCAACUGCACCAGUAUCACAACAACAUUCAGUAACACCAACACCUCGAUCCACGAGUCGACAAGAAGCACCCCCGUCUCGAUCUGUGAGCAGACAAGAAGCUUCGCCUCAACCUCCUUCUAUUGUUGAAAUAAUGACCACCCCAUCAACAGCAACAGUGCUACCUGAUAACUCGACAGAACCGAUAACAUCGCAUCAUAAUCAACAACAACUUCACGAACUAAUCCCACCAGUACAGGAAAGACAUGAUGAUGAGGACGAAGAUGAAGUCGUACCCACGCGUACUAGAAAGAAUGGAUCGGUUGUUGAAUCGUUGUUGUUUAGCCAAGAGUUUGGCAUGAACGAGUUAAUGGUAUUGAUCCGUGGUGCUACACGUUAUGCAGAGGAAAAUGAACAUGCAGAAAUUAGCGGGAGCGGUCGUUCCCGGAACCCGCCAAUACGCAGCGAGAUAGGAGAAGUAUUUAAAGAUACUUACUCAAAACUAGAUCAGCUUGAAAAGGAACUUGAUCGCCUCAUGUCAGAAGCAGUCAAAACCUAUUCUUAG